UAUCAUCAUCAUCAUCAUCAUCAUCAUCAUCAUCAUCAUCAUCAUCAUCAUCAUCAUCAUCAUCAUCAUCAUCAUCAUCAUCAUCAUCAUCAUCAUCAUCAUCAUCAUCAUCAUCAUCAUCAUCAUCAUCAUCAUCAUCAUCAUCAUCAUCAUCAUCAUCAUCAUCAUCAUCAUCAUCAUCAUCAUCAUCAUCAUCAUCAUCAUCAUCAUCAUCAUCAUCAUCAUCAUCAUCAUCAUCAUCUUUUUCUUGUUCAUGUGACGUUUUCAAACACUAA